AUGCCGCCUUCGACUUCCUCGCCAUACCAACACAAAUCACCACGCCCCUUCGUUUCAGCCAAUCAUCGUCCAGCCGACAAUGCACCCGACGGUAUUUUCAGGGUCGUCUUGAUCAGUAGCGGCAGUGUGGCCAGCAUCAAGGUACCGGAUAUUGCUGGAGCCCUUCUCAAGAACAAGAACAUUGCCCUCCAGAUCGUCGCCACCAAAGCAUCCACUCACUUCUUUUCUCAGACCGACAUCGACUCUUCCAUCUGUAGCUCAAUAUCGGUACCCCCAUCCGAUUCGUCGCCAGAUAUCGGCGUGAGAGUCUGGACUGAUGAGGAUGAAUGGGCGGAUUGGAAAAAGGUCGGAGAGCCAAUAUUGCAUAUCGAGCUGAGGCGCUGGGCGGAUUUGGUCGUUAUCGCGCCUUGCUCGGCAGACAUGCUCGCAAAGAUCGCAGGUGCUAUAUGCGAUAACCUUGCCACAUCACUGCUCCGUGCCCUCUCCCCCUCCACCCCUGUCGUACUGUGUCCAGCCAUGAACACCCACAUGUACCAACAUCCCUUCACCGCCAAACAUCUCUCCACCGUGACUCAAGAGCUAGGCUAUCUGGUUUCGGGGCCACAGGGUGCUGGAAGGCUGGCUUGUGGAGAUGAUGGACCUGGCAAGAUGACAGAUUGGAACGAUAUCGUGUUGACUAUCGAAGGCUUCGCUUCCAUGUUUCAUAAACAAUACCACCUUCAUCUCAGUUCAGCAACGUCAAACUGGACUACUUCUACACCUUCGGUAGUUCCUAGUACAUCGCAAGAGCCAUUACUUCCCCAGAACGAGGCCAAGGUACAAGAAAAGAAAGAAGAGUCGGCAGGGAUGAAAGACUGGCGAGAACAGUGCGGGAUACAUGGAGAGGAUGGGUCGUUUUGGAACAAGAUGUGGUGGACGGGGGUAUGA